GGCCCUAGCCACCACAUCGCAGCCGGCUCCCUCCCUUCCUCCUAGACAGGAGGUACCCCGCAGCCCGGCUCAAAAGCUCCACCGCCGCGCUCCGCAAACCCGACCGAAUUCUCGGCCUCUCGCCCAGGGAGGCGACGCCACCGCGACUUCCCUCCCCGCCGUCGCCGCCUCCGCCUCCGCCGCCGCGCCCGCCGCGCGGCCUUUGCUUCUCUCCUCGGAGAAUCGAGGCACGGGUGUCUUCAAGAUGGCCAAAAAUUCAAGGAGCAUGAAAUAUUCGUCUGGUGAGCUCAGAUCAACGCGUUAUUUGAGGCCCUUCAGCCAUUGUAGUUUCAAGAGAGUUGCUACCCAGGAGCCAACAUUAGCAGCAACGGAGAAAUGUGCAUGGAAAGACGCGAUCUGUCCAGUCUGCAUCGAAUGUCCGCAUGAUGCUGUCCUUCUACUCUGUUCAUCUCAUGACAAAGGCUGCCUUCCAUAUGUAUGUGGAACCAGCUUCCUCCACUCAAAUUGUCUCGGCCAGCUUAUAGAGUCACGCAGAAGCCCAGGAAGCGGUGAUGAUCCAGGCUCGAUAGUGCUCACAUGCCCACUUUGCCGUGGUGAGGUUAAGGGAUAUACACUGGUUGAGCCUGCUCGGGAGCAGCUAAACAGAAACAGGAGGAGCUGCAUGCAAGAUGGCUGCUCAUACAGUGGUACAUACCGAGAACUCUGCAGGCAUGCACGAAAGAAGCAUCCUUCGGCAAAGCCUCGUGCUGCGGACCCUCUACAGACUUAUAGAUGGAGGCGACUCAUGUUCAGAACCACGUUGCAAGACAUGAUCUGCGCGACGAGCUCGUCAAUGCUCCAAGGGCUAUUGUCUGCCAUGUUGCAGUGGGAGGAGCUUCUGUCAUCUGGUUGGCGUGGAGGUGAUGAUCACCUUGGUGCUGCUAAUGAUACUGCAGUGUAAAUGGCCAAUAUGGAGAAAAUGAUGUGCCAUUACCGUUAGCGCAACCUCCUACAGAAGUUGAGACCUGACAGAGUAGCAGUUGCCUGGAUCUGUUUUAGGGAGUAUGAGUGACCUAUAUUCAGAAGAAACAUUGAGGCUUUCAUGGAUUUAAAGGUACUAGCAAAAUGGUGGAAUGGUUUAAAUAGUUUUUUAGGAAGUUCAUAUCUGUCCAUUUUAUCUGGUGUGUGAUGCACUGCUCUUGUGCAUCCCUGUUGACUGUUGCAUUGUAUGAACAUAACAUUUUCUUCUGAAAUAUGCAAUUCAACUUGCUAUUGAUCUCC